UUAAAUAGAGUGAAAAAUGUCGUUAAAACCAAAACAGUGAGGCUCCAAUUCUGACAGUUUAGCUUGCCAAGCACAUUGCCUAGAGUACUGUGACUUCACAGUAUCAGGUAACAGUAAUGUAUUCGUAAAGACCAGAAUGCUAUGACACGGCGCCACACCAUCUGGGUUUUUUUUCUUUUGUUUUGUUUUAAGCGGUGACAGCGAUUUGUGGUUCAUGUCUGCACUUCAAUCUAACCAUGGAGGGACGUAGACAAUUGAAGGCUUUCAUCUGCUUGCUGAUGGUCAACUUUAUUCAAUGUAGAACGGACAGGUUUCGAGAACAACAAGAACUAUUGGAUUACAGGACAUAUCACAAAUGUUUAGGUAAACAGCUGGACAUCUACUUUAUACUGGACGCUUCAACGUCCAUCUACUCAGAACACUUUGAAAGGAUUCAAGAAUUGGUUCGCCAUAUAGUGACCAAGCUCAGUCUAGGGGACAGGUCAACACGAGUUGUUGGGAUGCUAACCUACAGUGAUGAUGUACAAAGCACCCCACCUCCUCUUCAACUCAAAACUAUUGGUAGUAAGAUGGAAAUAGUGGAUAGGAUCUCCAUUGACAACUUACCUCACAUGAAAGGUAAAACAGAGACUUACAAAGCAAUUAGAUAUGUUCGACUCCUUCAAGACUCGGAGUUUAGAAAGGAAGCACAAAAUGUUAUGGUCAUCUUGACUGAUGGGGGCUCACAUCAGCCGGAGAUGACUGCCGAAGAGGCGGAACUGGCCAGGCGGAAAGGGUUCCUCAUCUAUGUCAUUGGUGUAGGUAUCUAUCUAGAACCGAACGAAUGGACGCUCAUAGCCAGCGAUCCGGACUCAGAGUAUGUCUUCAAUGUAUCAAAGAGCAGCCAACCGUUACUGCCUGUGGUGUACUCUUUUUUAGAUAGUCUGUGUGGAGCUUCCCUGGCAUUGUGUAACGUCCACAACGCUGCUAACCUGUAUUUUAUUGCCGGACCUGGGGGCGCCUCAAGAGCCUAUCACCUGAUAGACACCUUCGCUGCAGACACCAUGGUCCCAUCGCAAGGUCUGUUACGAGUAGGCUAUAUCUUCGACCACUGCAAUUGCAUUGACAAGCCACUUGCUAGAGCAGAGACCUACUGUGGAGAACAUAAAUACACAGAAUGUCUUCAAUACCCGGCAUCCUCAAAGACCUAUCAGACUUUACUCAAAAAGGCAAGGGACUAUGCCAGAUGGCCACGCAUGUUCAGAAGUCAAGUCAAUCAAGUGGCAGUUCUCUUUGUCGACGAGGAAAGCAUUAUUGAAAACUGGAGAGAUAUCAACAAUCUGGUGGCAGAGAAUAUCAAUCUAAUUAUUGUUGAUCUGGGCGUUAGAUACUGCUUCACCAACUUCCUUAAAGAAAUUCCCCAAAACAUGAGCAACUACAUCCGAAUUGUUGGCGAUGUUGAAUCUCAAGAGUACCUGAAAGAAAGGUUAACUAAACUUAUAUGUCAAGCUAUCAAUGACAGAUAUGGCUGCGUACCAACAGUGCAGUGAACAUGUCAGCAUGAAAGGGGAAUAACUUGUGAAACCUUUUGACUGGUUACUUGCAAUGUAAGCAGAAAUGACUUCAUGUUUUGAAGGUGUUCUACAAAGGUUCCAUUUUAUGAAACGCUUUUUAAAAUGUCAUAUUUUGAUGUAAAUAAAAUAGUUAUUAUAAUUUUAAAAUCCUAAAUGGAAAGUGAAGAAUACAUUUAUAAAACCAGGACUAGUUACAAAAAACUGUCGUACCAGUAGGGCCUUAUAGCGUUUAACACCACCGAUAUCACAAAUGAUAUGAUAUUAAAAUUGUCCUCUCUGUGAGUGUGUCUGUGUGUGUGUCUUUUCUUUUCUAAAAGCGAAAAAUCAAAUUUUUUAAAUCACUUAUGCAAGCAGUUUUUUCAUAAAAAUACACCACUUUUACAACUAUUCACAUGGGAGGCUCUAUAGUAGGGGAGAUGACAAUUUGCUAUAUCUGUAACACAUUUAUGCAAAUGGUCUUAAAUAUUUUGUCAAAUUUUUUUUUUUACAUUUGUAUUGCUACGUUAUGUAGUUUUGUUUUACUAACUACUACAUUUAUCCAAAAGUAAUGUUUACUUUUUUUUUAAGAGAAAAAAUCUAUUUAUCAAUGCAUAUAAGUUGGACGGACAUCAUUAAAAACAACAAUUAAUAAGUAGUUUUUCAUAUUAUCAUGUGACCUUUAGCACUCUCCCGUAACUGUAAAACACGUAACUGAAGGAAUUAUUUUUUUUAACGGAAAUGUUUUUUUUUUCUUUUUUGUGGAUUUGAAUAAGAGGUUGACCCUUUACAAAACAAUUAGAUUAAUUAGAUAUUUAUUAUAAGAGAUUAAUUAGGACAGGUUUACAUUCAACUUCACAUUCACUUUCACCUAUCCUCUGGUCUGCUGGACCACUGGGGCACCACACAAGAUCUGUCAACCUUCUUUCUCCUUUCUUCUCUGUCAUUUGUCAUUGAUAGAAUUUAAUUCUGAGGUGUUUUUAUUAAAAUAUUGAUACCUGUGUUUUUACCUGCCUGGGUGGACCACUUCGGGACAGAAUUUUGAGUCUGUGUUCCCACACAAACUGUCUUUGUAACCUUGUUUUUCUACAUUUUUUUCCUGUGCGAUGCUCCAGCAUUUGGAGGACCUAGGCGGCUUACUAUCCUUAAGGCCGGCCCUGUAGCAUUCUUUCAUCAAAUGACACAAAAUAUUACUUUUUAAAAAAAGAUAUUUUGUAUAAACAAUUGUAUACGUAAUUUCUUAUAAGUAUCUAUGUAUCUUAGUCUUUUUUUUUUAAUCAAUUUCUAUUUCAAUGCACAAGGAGAAUGUUAUAACAUAUAGCGCCCCCUCCCAAACCUAUGCAUCUAAUUGUUCGGUCGUACUAUAGAGCAUACGCCCCCCCCUCCUUACUUCUCUUUUGAUCUCCUCAUUGUUACCACAGAGAGUUAAGUAGCUUUAGAUUUAAUGAAGCUUAAUCUCGUGUCUACGUCACUUAUAUAGUCAAGGGUUAUUUGACUAGAAUUGAACAUAUCUAUUUCCAUUUAAUAUUUGCUAAUGGUUAUGUCUUAUAUUACUUUUUUUGAAACACAAAUGUUUGCAGUUUUGACAUCACUACAAGAGACACACUAUACUGCUAAGAAAAUUGGCACUAACUUUAGUGGUCGACGUUUAUUACCAAGAGAAUUUCAAGAAUGAAACAUUAAAGAAACUUAGUGACUGUAUUUAAUGUACUAGUUUCUUAUAUGCAGUUAAACCAAAUGUUGUUUGUUAUUUAAACUCAUUAUGCUUCACAUGCUAAUUUUGACUACGCUUAAAACGGCGUGUGUUGAUGUUGUGGCCUUAAUGCACUCAGUCGUCUCAGCCUCGGUAGAUGGGGAUACAUUUGCAAAUGUUUUAUGUUUUUCUAUGAUUUAUAAGAUCAAACAUUUAAAAUAAAAGACUUUUUUUUUAUAAUGAAUAAAAACAACAACUCCUGUUUACAAUGCUGAGGAAAUGAAAUGUAACUGAUGUAUAUAAUAAUAAAAGAAAGGCAUCAGACAAUCUGUGACUUAUGAUUUAUAACUGUUUACUUAUUAAACUAUGAUUUAUUGAACAAUGACAUAUAGAAGUAUGACUGCAUGACUUAUUGAUCUGCUGUGUUCUGAACUAUGACUAACUACAUAAUAAAUUAUGACUUAUUGAAUUAUAACUUAUUCUUAUUGAACGAUAAAUAAUUAAAGUAUGACUUAUUGAAUU